AUGAUCAAAUUAUCAAGAUUCGAAAGACUUCAAAAGGAGCGCAAUGCAAUUCUUUUUAAGCCGCUAAUUGGAGAUUUAACUGACUGUAAUGACAAGGACUUUUUAGAGAAAGUAAAUGAGAUCCAGGAAUGGGACAGACCCAGAGAUGACUUAUUUGUUUGGAUUCCGGUUUUGAAUAGAAUCGACCAGAUCCUAUCAGACAUUGUUGAGAAGUACUCCUACAGCUUUAAAAACUCCAAGAAAACGGCGAUCAAUUUGGUUGAGAUGAACGAGGAAGACGAAUGUACAUGUAUGAUUCUGACUGGUUUUACUUGCCGCUUACUCUAUAACUCUGAAAAUAGGUACAUCUACUCAUCGCACGAUGUAAUGAGUGAUCUGCUGAAUUGUCCCAAUUUUAGAGUCAAGUAUGGUGCCAUUAAGGUUUUGGCAAUUGUCGGCGAAAGGUAUGUAGUUGCUAGAGAAAGAUUCGAAAGCGUUUUCAAAAUAGGACUACCUCAAUUGAAAAAGAAGGCACUGAAACUUGCUUUAGCCCUACAAACCUCCGCUGUGGAUGACAGUGGGGAGCACUUUUCCAUCGCUGACUUAUAUCUAGACAAGAAAAAAUACCCAUCAAAAUGGUCUAGGUUUAAAUUCAGCUAUUAUGGAGGCCAACCCCACAGUGGCAAUGGCCAUAGCGAAAAGAAAAUACACAGACUAGGAGUGCCACAAAAUGGCAACUCGUCAAUGAAAAAGUUCAAUUUGAGUAAUGAAGAGUUGAAAAGUUCGAGCUUGCAGCAACUGUUCGAUAAAGGAAUGGAAGUUAUCCCUAAUGAUCACUGGUACGAUUUUUCUUUAAAGGUAACGAUUGCAAAGGCCUUUUCUGACGAUUCGUCAGAUAAUAUUCAAUUGAGGAAUCUGAUUAUACAAACUAAACUAAAUGCAGUGGCAUUUGUAAACACAGUGUACGUUCCUCCACAUGUUAGUUCUAAACUUUUUGAAGUAGACCCAUACACGUUCAACUGUCUUACAGAGCUGAUUUCGUUGGCCGAACCGUCCAUUCCAUCUGGAGUAAGAUUGGAUAGUCUUUUUGCUUUGGAGUGUAUAUCAUUGAAACACGUUUGGUGCUCUGAUAUUAUGAGGAAUCUGGGUGGUAAUCUAGCCCACGGCACAAUGUUCCAGAUUUUACGUCAAAUUGGCAAGCUACUGAGAGAUGAGGAACUAGCAUCAAACCAGGAAGAGUUCAGCGAAGAGUAUAACGUUAGAUUCUUUUAUUUGAUAUCUAACCUUUCGGAGGUGAAAACGCUACAUGACUCGUUAUUGUCAGCAGGUCUAAUACCCUCGCUGCUAGAGAUUAUAUCAGUUAAGGACUCAAAGUUUAGACGAACUCUUGCAUCAGCAACUCAUCUAUUGGAAGCUUUUAUCAAUGAUGCAGAAUCUACGACAGAAUUUAUUAAUCACGGUGGUUUCACAACGUUGAUCAAUACUGUCACAAACCAAGUUCAAUACGCUUUAGAACAUUCGGAUUCUAAGCAUGUCAUUCCAUACCGAGCAAAUACCUAUUCAAUAUCUUUUAGGCUUCAAGCAUUUAUUAGGAGCCUGCUAAAACUGGUGUUGAAACUGCUUAAAACAGACUCUGGCGAUAGAAUCAGGAAUUUGAUAGACUCGCCUAUAUUGAAAUCUUUAUUGGAAAUAUUAAAGAAUGGAAACAUUUUUGGCACUGCAUUACUCGGGUUUACCCUUGAUAUAGUCCAGAGAGUGAUUAAUUGUGAACCCACAAUUUAUUCCAUUCUUGUCGAAGCAGAAAUCAUUCCCUACAUUCUGGAGAACUUCGAUGAUUUUAUGAAGCCAGAUGCAGAUUUACUUUAUCUCCUACCAGAUGUCAUCUCUGCCUUAUGUUUGAAUACCGACGGUUUACAAAAGGUAAAGAGUGGGGGUAUAAUUGGUAAGUUAUUUGAUAUCAUGACGAACGCUGACUACAUGCGAGUAUUGUCUUGGAAGGAAGAGGCAACUGAUUUUGGAACAUCCAUAGACGAGUUAGCAAGGCAUUAUCCAGAAUUAAAGGAAGACAUCCAAGAGUCCUUCUUUAAACUCAUUAAGAGAAUUCCGAAAAGUCUUCAUUUUGGCGUAAAAUUUCUGUAUGGUGACAACAUCGGAGAAAAUUUUUUCUAUCGCUCCAAAGACGAGCCUGUUGUGAACAAGCAGGAAACUGGUGGGCAGUUGGCUUUUUGGGAAGAUCAAGAUUCCUCCCCUAUCAUUGACUUCUUUUCUGAUUUUUUCUACGGUAUGACUGUUGAUAAUUCGACUUUGGAAAACUUCACCCAAAUUAUACCUAUUGAAGAUCUCAUUGCCGCAAUCGUCAUUGAUAGACCGCCCUUUGAUUAUGCAUCUUCACAAGCAAUGCUUAACAUCACCGAUGUUCUCCAAAUCUAUGAUGAACAAAACAAAUGCUGCGCUCUGAAAUAUUUCAUGGAUGAACUUGAGAAGAGACUCGAUCGCAUAAACGGCUUCAUUUUGUCCGAUUGUUCCUCUAGCUUUUUUUUAAACGCUGCAAUAAACCGUGAUAAUUCCGACAUAGAGUACGUUAUCGGGGAACUGUCUGGUAUCUCAGCAUUGCUGCAUAUUAUUACCAAUGUGUUCAUUACGUUGAUGGCUCUAUCUAGAAACAAAGUUGAAGAGAUAAUCAAAUAUUUCGGGUUAGGGAAAUUUGAACUCUUAGAAAAACUCGGCUUACUGUUCCAAAAGGCUGCUCUUGAAGAAAUGUACCUCAGAGAUCAUAUGCCAAAGGAGGCCGUUACUCAAACUACGCCAGAAUCUUUAGGUAACACCCCACCAAUUCACAUAUCAAAUUCUAAACCUGCAAAGCGCGAAUUAAUUGAAGGAUACACCUCUGCGAAAUUCAAAAAUUCAUUCCAACUGAGAAGUUUGCUGAAUAAAGUGCAAUCGAGCACUGCAAUCAUAUACCGAUGUUGUUUGAGAUUAAGUCACGCCACAACUAUGGAACUUCCUUCGGAUAUGAGGGUUCUGGAAUUACGAAUUUUCGAUACUAUUGUUAAGCAGUUAGUCAAUUUAUUGAAAGAAUGCACCACUUCUAGACAUGUCUCGUAUCUACUUGUUCUGUUACACUUUAACACAUACGUUAUGAGCUUUCCAAAAACAACGAUGACGACAGCUGAAGUAUUGCAAACAAUCCCCGUUUACCUCUUCUAUCAGGAGGGGGGCUGUGAUUUAUACACCGAAUUGCUAGGAAAUUUGUUUGCAAAAUUGAACUCAUAUGAAGAUCUCGCCGCUAUUGAGGAAAUUGAUUACUUGAAGGAUACUCCGGAGGUUUUGACGAUGAGUUCGAUUAUUAAUAUACUAACAUUUUUCAAAAAGUGCACUCGUCAAGAAUCGAUGGAAAACAUCAAGAGUAUAAGAGAAUUCUACCCUUCACUAAACGACUAUAGUGUAUCAAAAUCUUUGAUGAAGCGUUUAAAGAUGCUGGCACUUGUGCUACUUCGAGACUUAACUAACGACUAUAAUUUAUUCGACUCCAAAAAGAAGUUGGUACCAUAUGCUGUAUUCAAGCAAAUAUUAACAAUAUGGAAAAAUGCUUACACCCUGGAUCAUCAAGCAGAUUCAAAUGAACUUUUUGAGCUCAAAUGGGAGUUAACUGUAUCAUCGGCAACGAAAGUCCAGCUGCUGGAACAAGUAGGGGUCUCUAGAGAAGCUGCAGAAAAAUAUUUAGAAUCGUCCGAUAACAAACUGCCUGCUAUCAAUGAGUCUGGAAUGGAGUUAAUCGCAGAAGAGAAUCAUCAGUCGUACUUUGAAUUAUGUCAAAUGAAUAAGGAUCACUUAGAACCACAACUGAUUCAAGACUCCAAGGUAGCUACUUUAGAUCUGGAAAAAUUGAGGCGCGAAUUUUACUUGGAUGGAUUCAAUGAAAAGGUUUUUGCUGUUUUACCUUUUUAUCCUAAACUGGUAAACGCUUUUGCCAAAACGCUUUUACAGAUAUUCUUGUGUUUGGACGAACCUGUAAAGACGUUUACUGGAGAGAUCCUAGGUCGUAUCGAGACCACAGGGUUAAAAGAUAGCGAAACAUUAUCAUCUUUCAUCCAUUUGUUCGGGAUCUUUUUGAACGAAAAUGUUGUAUACCAAAGCUCUGAGGAGCUAUUAGGAAAUUUCGUUGGUUAUUUGGUAGAAAACUUAUCUCCUGAACAUGUAAACACUUCUUGGUUUUCAAAGAUACUGUAUUGUUACGAGAUUAUCCUGUCAAAGUCUGAAUUACCAAUGGUUGAGGAAAGUUGUGAUGAUCUGAAAUUGAGAUAUCAACUGGUUUCCUUAUUGCCUGUCUAUCGUAUAAGCCAACCAACAAAACAGAAGAUAUUUGAGGUUCUGAUAAGAAUGAAUGAUAUUUCGAAUUUUUAUUCUGCACUGGCCAUCUCAAGAAUACUUCUUCUCUACUCCAGGGAUGAAUCAUAUGCUCAAGAUAUUAUCAGCUCACGGAUAUUGUACAAAAUUUUGAAAGUUAUUGGAGCCUUCCAAAAAUCGGAGAAAAUUAACUACUUGGAAUCGUCGUUUCUCCUGUUGGUAAGAAGAUGUUUCGAAAGUCAAGAAGUUGUUUCUUCUCUUAUCGCGUAUGAGUUAAAUAAAAGCUUUACAACGAGAACUUUGGGUGACCAUCGGGAGAGGGAACGUGAUUUACCAGGACUUUUGGAAGAGAAACCUCAUAUCGUUAUGAGGAAUCCGAAGAAAUUUUCCGAUAUACUUUGUGAGAACGCCAGGUUUGAGGAGUUUAGUUCAGAUGAUGUUUUAUUGAACUUUAGCAUGCGGAGACAUUUUGAGUUUGGUAUCACGAAUGACAAAGAUGAAAAUGCGACUGCGUCAGGGGGUCAUGUUCAUUACAGAACUGGUAUCGUCCAUCUUUUGCUGUCGCAGUUGAUGGCGGCUUUUCAAAAGGACUGGAUUUCGGAGCCAGCAACUCAGUCUAACAUGGAAAAUGACCAAAGCGCCAAAAAUAAUAAACCACAACCUGGAAAAAAUCCUGUCUGUGCCUAUAUGAUUUACCUGCUAAAACUACUAGUAGAGUUAGUCAGUAGUUACAAACAGUGUAAAUUCGAAUUUUUGACUUAUGACAGAAGAAAUGUUUAUGUUGAACGUCCAAAACCAAGGACAACGGCGUUGAAUUUUUUUCUAUACCAAUUGCUUAGCAAGCACACAGAACCUGAUCAAAGCCCUCAUGAAUGCAAAAGGAUUGAACUUAUUAGUAUGCUGGCAAAGUCAGUUGUCGUGGGUUUUAUUUCCAGUGUGUUUGAUUCAAACAUCAAAAAGGCAGAUCUAAAAGAAACUGAUCCCGAUAUCACGUUUAUUAGGAAAUUCACUAUCGAAAUGCUCAUGAAAGCCUUAAAGAGUACCGCAGUAUCUUCUAAAACAUUGGAGGCUAAUGUUAGUACCUUAGACAGCUGGUUUGGGGCCGUUGGAUCAUUUGUAUACGUCCAGGCUCCAUAUUUGCGUUCAUUGAUCGAUGCUAACAAGGUCGAUUCUGAUCGGUAUCAAAUGUGCAGGUUGAUGGUUGAUCUUAACUUACCUUCAGCGAUAACGGAAUGCAUGUCUCGCUUGGACCUAAAUUACCCAUUUUGCAAAAAACUAUUCAAUAGUGCCGUGGAGGCCCUAAACGCAAUAAAUUCCACGCGAAAUGACUUUGCGGACAUGUUUAAAGUAGAAAGUCACGACGAUGACGUUGAGAUGGAUGUCGAAUCAGAAAGGGAGGAAAUUCCUGACAUGUUCAAGAAUUCAGCAUUGGGUAUGUAUGAUUUCGAAGACGUAGAGGAAGAUGAUCUCGACGAUGAGGUAGAUGAUGAGUCCCUGAUUGGUGACGGUGAGGACAUCGCAUUUGUUGCAAGUGAUGAAGGGGGUUACGAGGUUGUCUUCAGUGACGACCAUGACGAGGAGCAAAGCGCAGAAGAUUCCGUAAGUGAUCAAUUAUCAAUGGAUAGUGAUGGAGCAAUUUUUGAUGCUCCUGAUGAUGGUAUGGAUAUUGAUGGCAGACAUGGGUCAGCUUACUCUGGUGACGAUAUGCAGUCCUCGAAUUACCGAGAAGAUUACGACUCUUCUGAUGGUAGCGAAGGAGACGUCAGUAUCAUUGAAGCUGAUGAGAAUGAUUUGGAUUCAGAGUUAGAAGUUGAUAUUAGUGAUUUUGAUGUUGAUGAAUCAGACUGGGAAUCGGGCCUUUCCGAGCUAUCAUCUUUAGAAGAAAGUGAAAGUAGUGUUAGCGGAGGUGAUAGUGAUAAUGACGGUUUCACGGAUAACCCAGUCCCAGUACGUUUGGGUAAUGGGAGAGCUAUAUGGUCUCUUGGAAAUGGCAUAGAGUUAGAGGAGGAAUUUUCUGAUGAAGGAAGGCGAGGCGUUUUCCAAGGCAUUGAGCAUGUCUUCAAUCCGGACGACCAUUCUUUGUUUAGGAUUCAGAAUCUUCCAAACCACAUGAGUAACCAUCAACGCUCGUUGCAUCGCAGGCCUCAUGGUUCUCUAAUACCCCCCUCAUUAACUUUAUUGAAUGGGGGUAGAAGGAAUCAGAGCAAUCUCAUGAAUCCUUUAGGUCCAUCUGGAUUAGAACAAGUCGAAAAUGAUAUCGCAGACCAAUUGACAACUGUUGGCAGUGGUGUCAGACCAAGACAGGGGCGUCCUUAUUUUUCUGAUGUACUAUUUUCUGGCGAAUUGUUUGAUGAUAGGGUGUUAGAUGGCAUAAUAUUAAAAUCCACCGUGGCAAGAUGGAAGGACAUUUUCGAUAUGUUCUACGACUCGAAAAGCUAUGCUAAUUACUUACUUCCCGUUAUUCUUCACAAACUUUUUAAGCCAAGUUUAGAGAUGCAUCAUGAAUUAGAAAAACGAGAAGAGGAGAAGCUAGAGAAAAUGAUUGAAGAACGCAUCAAAAAGUCAAAGACAGCGACCGGUAGUCAACAUAGGAAAAGCUCUCACUCAGAGGGAGAACCUCAUUUGUCAGAAGAAAGUACAGGGAGUUUUGGGAGUUCAGAUGUCUCAGCUCCUCAACACACCCACAGCGACCAAGAAAUGGUUCAAACUCAUGAGCCAGUUUUUGUCAAUAUUGAGGGUAGUGAGGUUGAUAUUGGGGGGACAGACAUAGAUCCAGAAUUUUUGAAUGCUCUCCCAGACGACAUGCGUGCUGAAGUAUUUGCUCAACAUAUCCGAGAGCGCAGAGCAGAUGCGAUGCAUAAUCACUUGCACUCGAGAGAAAUUGAUUCUGACUUCUUGGAUGCCAUUCCGGACGAUAUUAGGUUAGAGAUAUUAGAAGAAGAGGAAGCAGAAACAAGACUAGCAGAAGUAAGAGAAACACUAAAUGAAGGAUCCGAAGAAGCGUUGGAAGAUGGUAACAUUGAAGAUGUAAGCUCUGUUGAUGAUGACGAAGAUGAGGAAGACCAGAUCGAGGAACAGAAUGUUGGAUCGUCAGUUGGGACGGACAAAGAAAAAAAGAAGACGGAUAAAAUUUACUUUGAGCCUCUCAUUGAUAGAACUGGGGUUGCCGCAUUGAUGAAAUCUGUUUUUAUCUCCCAACCUUAUAUCCAACGUGAAACCUAUCAUGAAUUAUUUUUUCGGUUAUGUGGUAGCAAACAAAACAGGAGUGAUAUAAUUAAUAUUCUAUUGAUGAUUUUGACAGAAGGAACAAACGAUCAAUUAUCUCUGGAAAAGGUUUACAAUCAAAUUGCUGUUCGGGCACAGGGCAAUAACAAAGUACAACCUCAGAUUUCACGGCAACUACCCCCUGAUUGCACACCAUUAAUUGUUGCUAAUCAAGCGAUUGAAAUACUUCAGUACUUGAUAGACUCCGACUCAAAGCUCAAGUUCUUUUUUGUUACUAAGCAUGAAAACUUGCUGGUAAACAAGGGUAAGAGAGAUAUAUUUACUGAGAAUGAAAAGCUGCCCAUCAGGCAUCUUUUCUCACUGCUUGAUAGGAAGUUGAUUACUGAUGAAACUGUCUUGAUGGAUUUGUUGACAAGCAUUUUACAAAUCUGCACUAAACCAAUACCUGCUAUGGUAAAGGCAAGUAACCAGAACGAGUCUUCAAAAAAGAAAUUUGAGGCUCCAUCACUUGACAGAACUGAACUGAACAAGAUAGUGUCUAUUAUCACAUUGGACAGCUGUAACACCAAGGUUUUCCAACAAACACUGAAUGUUAUUUUCAACAUUUCUGUGCUCAAGGAUUCUGUUGAUGUUUUUACCGCAGAAUUAGUCGCUCUUGCAAGCACCACGUCGGAAGUGCUGAUAAAUGAUAUUCAGGCGCUUAUGACUGAGGUGAACAAAGCAACCUCUAAUACAGAACUUGAUGUUGAAUUGGUUCAAAAGUUGACUUUGCCAAGUUCGGAGCAAGCUAAGCUAUUGAAGGUUUUAACUGCUGUUGAUUAUCUUUAUACGCAUAAGAAGAAACAUCAAGAGUACAAUCCAACUCAAUUAUCUGAUCUUUACAAUAAGAUGAAUCUUGGGGAUGUGUGGUCAUCAUUGAGUAAUUGUAUGCUUGAGUUUGAAAAGAAAAAGGAUCUGACAACGUCUGCCACUGUACUCCUUCCGUGUAUUGAGACAUUGAUGGUGGUCUGCAAGCACGUUAAAAUUGUUGAUGUCAAGGUGACCAAGUUCGAGGAGGGGAAGAACUUGCAGCUCAAAUCACUUUCAGUUGAAGAACUCUUUUUCCCGUUCACCGACCUUCACAAAAAAUUACUUAAUCAAAUGAUUCGCUCAAAUCCAAAAUUAAUGAGCGGGCCGUUUUCUUUAUUGGUGAAGAACCCAAAGAUCUUAGACUUUGAUAAUAAGAGGUACUAUUUCACUGCAAAACUAAAAUCGGAUAAUCAAGAUCGACCCAAACUUCCAAUUACCGUGAGAAGGGAGCAAGUAUUCUUAGAUUCCUACAGAUCACUGUUUUUCAAAACAAAUGAAGAGAUUAAACGAUCCAAACUUGAUAUUACUUUUAAGGGAGAAAGCGGGGUUGAUGCUGGUGGUGUCACCCGUGAAUGGUACCAAGUCCUGUCCAGACAAAUGUUUAAUCCUGACUACGCCUUAUUCUUGCCUGUUGCCUCAGAUGUAACCACCUUCCACCCAAACAGAACAUCUGGCAUAAAUCCAGAGCAUCUUUCGUUUUUCAAAUUUAUUGGGAUGAUUAUUGGUAAGGCCAUUCGGGAUCAAUGCUUCCUCGAUUGCCAUUUCAGUAGGGAGGUCUACAAGAACAUUCUCGGAAAGCCUGUCUCUUUGAAAGAUAUGGAGUCUUUGGACCCAGAUUACUAUAAAUCACUAGUCUGGAUACUAGAAAAUGAUAUUACUGAUAUAAUUGACGAAACGUUUUCCGUGGAAACAGACGAUUAUGGUGAACAUACAGUGGUUGAUUUGAUAGAGAAUGGGAGAAAUAUUCCAGUGACUGAACAGAAUAAGCAACAGUAUGUGAGAAGCAUAAUUGAAUUUAAACUUCACCUGUCUGUUAAGGAACAAAUGGAUAAUUUCUUGGAUGGUUUUUAUGCAUUGAUACCCAAGGAUUUAAUCUCUAUUUUUGAUGAACAAGAAAUUGAGUUGUUAAUCAGUGGUCUGCCAGAUAUUGAUGUUGAUGACUGGAAAAAUAACACGACUUAUGUCAAUUACACCUCCACCUGUAAACAAGUGAACUACUUCUGGAGGGCGGUGAGGUCAUUUGAGGCAGAGGAAAGGGCAAAAUUACUUCAGUUUGUUACUGGUACAAGUAAAGUGCCACUCAACGGUUUCAAGGAAUUAAGCGGGGUCAGCGGAGUCUGCAAGUUUUCGAUUCACAGAGACUAUGGGUCUACGGAAAGACUACCGUCCUCGCAUACGUGCUUUAACCAGCUAAAUCUUCCAGCCUACAACUCCUACGAAACAUUACGUGGGUCAUUAUUAUUAUCCAUCAAUGAGGGCCACGAAGGUUUUGGGUUAGCUUGA